CUUGGUAUAAAUCGUUGUACGGAAAGUGAAUAUGUCCUACCAGCUGUACCGGAACACAACCCUUGGCAACACGCUGCAGGAAAGUCUGGACGAGCUCAUACAGUAUGGACAAAUCACCCCGCAACUGGCUGGACGAGUUUUGGUGCAGUUCGAUAAAUCCAUCAAUGCGGCACUUUCGAACCGGGUAAAGUCGCGUGUCACUUUCAAAGCCGCCAAACUGAACACCUAUCGCUUCUGUGACAACGUUUGGACGCUGAUGUUGAACGAUGUGGAGUUUCGUGAGGUGCACGAGUUUGCUCGUGUGGACAAAGUGAAAAUUGUUGCUUGUGAUGGUAAAAAUGUCAGCACAGGGGAUGAACCAAGUAGAUAGUGUAAAAGUAUGUCCUCCGUUUAAUUAUGUUACACUUUCCGGAAGCC